GAAACCAUUGACAUUUACCGAAUUAAAAGUACCUAGUAUUUGUGUUAAAAUAUCGAUGUCAUUAUAUUUCCUUAGUAUCGAUCGGCUUACUAGUGGCAGGUUAUAGUGUUUGUUGUUUUGGAGCGCUCAAAUGUACAAAGAAUUAUCUAAAACUUGAACCUUAUAAAUUUCUGUUCUUAUUGAAGAGAUAAAAUGUUCAAAGUUUAGUGGAAAUCUAAAAUCUAAUAAUGGAUGAAGAAGAAAUCAUAAGGAGACGUCUUCUAAUUGACGGUGAUGGAACUGGUGAUGAUAGAAGAAUAAAUGUACUUCUUAAAAAGUUUUUUAAAUGGUGCAAUAGCGAAGAUAGUACUAUUGAGGGCAAGGAUCACCUGUUAUCUCAAAUUUCACAAUGUGAAUACGCUUUUGUGAAAUCUCGGCUCGCUGCAUCGAUGGUGACUUCAGAAUUAGAUAACUACGACAAUGUAGCGAAACAAAUUCAGGAAAAUCUUUCACAAGUGCAAACGGAGAUCGCUGAUGCAAAAGAUGAGUUUAAAGAUGCCAAAUUGAUAAGGAAAAACAGGCUAGAAUAUGAAGCCUUGGCUAAAAUUAUUAAUGAACAGCCUGAUAGAAAAGAGACAAAUGAAAAAUUAAUUAACAUUAAAAAAGAACUUCAAGUCUCUGAGGAACGCUUAGAAUACUUGGAAGCAAAACUAGAACUAAGGCGUAAGCAAUUUCAUGUAUUGUUCACAUCUUUACAGCAGCUUCAAGCAGUUCUUGAUGCCGAUGAAUCCGUUCACAAUGAGGGUCUUGAAGUCAUCGAUGAAGAUGAUGAUGAAAUAUCAGCUCUGAUAAGUCGAUGUAUAUCAGAAUCUUCUGAAGACCAGGCUGAAAUGGAACAAGAUCCUUAGGAAUUAUAUAUAUAUAUAUAUAUAUAUAUAUAUAUAUAUAUGUUACUUUUAUUUUAAGGGUUUUGUACACAAUGAAAUAAUAUAAGUUUUUGAAUACUUUAUUUAUUAAAAUAAAGAUUAUUUAUUUUCCAAAUUUCAACUUUAUUUUGCUGAUUUUUGGUACAUGCCGAAUAGUAAGUGAUAUUCUUGUUUCUCUUUGUAAUUUAUCACCAACACUUAAUUGAGACAAUUGAGCAUUCACAACAUUUUCAUCUAUCUCAUCUUCUUUCGACUCUCUGAUUGUGUGUUUGUAAUCGGUGUACAUAGAAUCUUUAACGAUAAUGAGACUUCUUCGUUGUAGAAAUAUAGAUAUCUUGUUGUCAUCAGUCUUUUCCUGUAAGACAGAGGUACAU